CACUGAUUGGCAGCACUAAUAGGUGGCACUGAUUGGCAUUGAUGGGUGGCACUGACUGGCACUGAUGGGUGACACUGAAAAGCAGCUCAGAUGGGCACUGAUAUGUGGCAUUGAUGUGAUGUGCACUGGUAGGCACUGAUAUGUGGCAUUGAUGUGGCACUGUUCAGUAUUGGCAGCUGGCACUGAUGAACACUGACAGGUGGCACUUCUGGGGCCACACUGAUCAUCAGGGCACACUGAUCAUCAGUGCUCUGAUGAUCACUGUCAGUGUGACAGCUCGUGGGGAGAGAAAUGCAGAUAACCGGCAUUUCCCUGUUUACAUGUGAUCAGCUGUGAUUGGA